AUGACAUCCAUCGCCUCUCUGCUCAAUCCAGAGCCGGACUCUACCAAAAAGAACCAAAAAGUGCUAGCUCCCGGUUCUUCUCCAGGGAACGAAAGAGGGAGCCAGUCCUCUCCCCCCGCAAAGAAACAAAAGGUCUCAAAGGAUGCAGCCGUUUUUACCAGGGGAAGGGUACGGGGUCCCCUCAAGUACCCUCCUUGUGAGUGGCAGGACGAAAAGCUGGCUGAGGCGCACAAAUUGUUUGAGAUUCACCCAAUGGGCCAUAUCACAGAAUUCCCCAGACAUAUACCAUACAACAGUGAGAAAAAGUCCUUCCUUGAAAAAACUGGGAGGGAAAGUUUUGAAGGUAAUGUUUCCAGUAUAUUUGUACUCUACCCAUGCUUGAAGCUAACGGAGCAUAGUAUUUCAAUAUGA